CUUGCCGACACUGAGACUUCCUAGUGAUAGGCAAAAUGGCUUUUUGUUCUGUAUUUCUUGUUUUCUUAGCUGGCCUGGCAUUUUUCUCCGAAGCUGCUCCACCGGACUCUACUGACUCCAAACAUCCUCUUCAUGUAAAAAUUCUGGAUUCAGUCCGAGGAAGCCCAGCUCCAAAUGUUCCAGUUAAGGUAUAUAAAGAAGCUGCGGAUGGAUCUUGGGAACUGUUAAAUUCAAAACAAACCAAUGACAACGGAGAGCUCCACGAGCUCACAACUAAAGAACAGUUUGUAACAGGGAUAUACAAAAUUGAGCUUGAUACAGCCUCUUACUGGAAGAGACUGGGCCUGAAUCCCUUCCAUCACCAUGCUGAUGUGGUGUUCACAGCUAAUGACGUUGGUUAUCGACAUUACUCCAUUGCCGUUAUCCUCAGUCCCUUUUCGUACUCAACUACAGCAGUAGUUAGUGAGCCAGUGGAAUAGAAGCUGACAUUAAGCAUGAAAAUUUCGAUGUGUAAAUUUAAAUGUCCAUAAAUGAUAAGAACUUUGUUUCUGAUUGC